AUGUCUUAUUUUCUUCCGCAUUUGACAAAUGGUUGGCAAGUUGAUCAAGCUAUUCUCUCCGAAGAAGACCGAGUUGUGGUGAUACGGUUUGGACAUGACUGGGAUCCAACCUGUAUGAAAAUGGACGAGACAUUAUACGGAAUCGCGGAAAAAGUCAAAAAUUUUGCCGUAAUUUAUUUGGUCGAUAUUACAGAGGUUCCAGACUUUAAUAAGGCACUAGAAGAUAAGCAGGAAUUGAUAGAUAUAAUUGAGACAGUUUAUCGUGGUGCACGAAAAGGUCGAGGUCUUGUGGUAUCGCCGAAAGAUUACUCGACUAAAUACAAGUAUUAG